GCGACCUCUGAGCUGUGGCGUGUGUGUGUGUGUGUGUGUGUGUGUGGAGUUGCGGUAGAAUUUGUUUGUGGGCGGAGUCAAGGGGCAGACACGAGCGCGCGCUUCUCCGCUGACUCGCGAGCGCUCGGUGGAGUGUCACACACGUUCACGCGCUACCGGAGUCGGCUUCCGUCUUAUGUAUGAGGAAAGAAAAGGCUGAGCUCACAGGACUGGAUUAAUGUUUUAAUAUUAUUCUGCUGUUUGGUUAUUAGACUUCAUCAACUUCAUGUCGCGCGGAUCUUCAGCAAGUUUCAGGAUACAAGAUGGUACUUGCAAUAGAUAAACAGGAUGGAUGGAUGGAGCAGAGACCCUGAAUAAGAACACCCAGACUAUAUAGGUUGCCUCUGAUAAAGGAAUUAGCGGCUAACGUGAUGCUUGGAAAGCGAAGAGAUGCGGCAUGUUGUGGAGAAACGAGAUUACGCUCGUCUGAAGUGAGACUAUAACUCGUCAGGGUUGGACAGCAGCCAUGGGGAAAGAGCAGGACCUCCUGCUGGCUGUGAAGAACGGAGAUCUUAGCGCUGCUCAUAAACUCCUCGCCAAGAUUAAGGCUAACCGAAAUAAGUUACUCAGCUCAACAAAGAAACUGAACAUCAACUACCAGGACACAGAUGGGUUUUCAGCUCUUCACCAUGCGGCUCUCACGGGCACCACCGACCUGCUGUCUCUGCUUCUGGACGCCCAGGCUACAGUGGACAUCAAGGACCGCAACGGAAUGCGACCGCUCCACUACGCUGCCUGGCAGGGAAAGGCAGACUCGGUACUGAUGCUGCUGAGAGCUGGAGCUUCUGUUAACGGAGCGUCACAGGACGGACAAAUCCCUCUGCACCUGGCUGCUCAGUACGGACACUACGAUGUGUCUGAGAUGCUUCUCCAGCACCAGUCCAACGCCUGUACGGUCAACAAGGCCAAGAAGACCCCACUGGACCUGGCCUGUGAGUUCGGCAGGCUGAAGGUGGUGCAGCUGCUGUUGAGCAGUAACAUGGUGGUGGCUCUAUUGGAGGGUAACGGGAGAGACAACACACCCCUGCACCUCGCCGCCCGCAACGGCCACAAGGACAUCAUCAGAUUGCUCCUGAAAGCGGGAAUCGAUAUCAACAGAACCAUCAAAGCUGGAACGGCACUUCACGAGGCAGCGCUCUACGGCAAAACCGAUGUCGUCAAGCUGCUAUUGGAUGCUGGGAUUGAUGUGAACAUCCGGAACACAUAUAACCAAACGGCUCUGGACAUCGUGAACCAGUUCACCACGUCCCACGCCAGCAAAGACAUCAAACAACUGCUCCGAGAAGCCUCGGGAGCAAUGCAGGUGAGAGCGCUAAAGGACUACUGGAACCUUCACGACCCUACAGCUCUGAACAUACGUGCCGGAGACGUCAUCAUGGUUUUGGAGCAGCACGUAGAUGGACGUUGGAAAGGACACAUCCAUGACAGUCAGAGAGGCAUCGACCGCGUGGGAUACUUCCCUCCGUCCAUCGUGGAGGUCAUAACGCGGAGAUCUGGGGGCUUCCUCUCUCGCCAGGCCUCCCUGCCCAACCAACGACAUCACACUCUAACCAGAGCUCCGGCCCCCUGCAGCCCUCACCCCGCCCCCCACACUGAUGACUCGUACACCCUGUAUUCACCCACUCAUCCUGACUCACCACGCCCAAACGGCUUGAACCAGCACCCAGGUACUGUGUGUUCUUCUGCUCACACACUCAUCAGCACGCCUCAAAAACACACACUUUCUGGUUCUCCUCCUGACAGUCCCAGUGCCUUGUGUAUUCCAGCUAGUACCAAAGAGCCAGAGGAUAUUUGGGUCCUCAGGAGCUCUUUCACUGGAGACAGGAACAGUGUUGGGAGCGCAGGCAGUGUAGGGAGCAGUCGUAGCGCUGGCAGUGGACAGAGCACUGAGGGCAACUUUACCCACAAUGCACAGCAUCAGACCAGCACCACCACACAGGACGUCAACAAGGUCUCGCCCUCUGGUGGUGAAGUGGUAGAACAGCAUGGCCUGGCUUCUGAUGUCAUUAACGCUGAGCCUGCAGGUCGCAGGCCGGAUCAGAACAGCUCCAGAGCCGGUGAACAAGCUGUCAGGCCACAUGUUAUCCGUCCAGAACAGUUACUGGAGGGCAGGGAUGCCGAGGCCAUCUUCCAUUGGCUGCGUGAGUUUCAUCUGGAGCAGUACACUACAAACUUCCUCACAGCUGGCUACGAUGUGCCAACCAUUAGCAGAAUGACUCCUGAGGAUCUUACGGCCAUUGGUGUGACUAAGCCAGGUCAUCGCAAGAAGAUCUCCACUGAGAUCAGCAAACUGAACAUCCCAGAGUGGCUACCAGACUACAUUCCAGCCGACAUUGGUGAAUGGCUCGGUAUCAUUGGACUCGCUCAGUACCAGAAAAGGCUAGCCGAGAAUGGCUAUGACUCCGUUAACAUUGUGCGAGACAUUACAUGGGAAGAUCUGCAGGAAAUUGGCAUCAAUAAGCUGGGCCACCAGAAAAAGAUGAUGCUUGCAGUCAAGAAACUUUGUGAUGUUCAAAAGGCUUUGAGGAACCAAGCAGAGGGCAGUGGGACGCUGCAGAGGAGACAUCCUCAUACCCUGGAGCUGGUAGCUAUCGAGUCGGCCGACGGUGCCGAUGGCCCUUCCUCACCCCUCUCGCCCAAGAUGCUCACCUUCCAGGAUAGUGAGCUAAGCACUGAGCUACAGAAUGCUAUGAUUCAGAGUGGCUAUGGUGGCUGCCAGGAAGGGUUUGGUGCUGUGCUAAGUGGAACAAUGACCGUGUCUCUGAGUCAAGAGAGUAUCAGCACACGCUCACGGGGCACUGGGCACUCACAAGAAUGGCCUUUGAAUUCUGUAACUCCCCACAGCCAUUCAAAUGAGAGUUUGGGCAGCUCAGACUGCAGUGCCCUCAAGGAUUGCCCAGUUCUGCCUGCCAAGAUGGCACCACCAUUACCUCUAAAGAAGCAGCAGUCUACACAUGGAAGCCCACCGAUAACACCAAGCAAGACGGCUCGAUUAGCCUACCCUGCGGCCCAGUCCAACCCUGGAAUCUCCGCAAAACCAGAUGGUUCCUCCAUCCAGAGAGGAUUUAGCUACCUCCAAAACAUCAAUUCAGAUCAGACUUGCACUGCUCAAUCCAGACCCAGUGGUGAGAACCGCCAGCCAAAGAAGCGCACACAAAGCCUGUCACGGUAUGCCCUCUCUGAUGGGGAAGGAGAAGAAACUGAAACACCAGUAUUACCACCCAACCUGGUCUCGUAUGCUACACUCACACGCAAGCCUGGUCAUGGUCAAACAACUUCCGCUGCCAAUGACAGGCAAGUGGGCCGGACUCAAUCCUUUGUAAUACGUGCCAAGAGGAAGGGGCCACCCCCACCUCCUCCCAAGCGGCUGAGUUCUGCCUCGAGUGCAGGAAAUAGUGGUGGGGUGGAAAUCGAGAGUGCUGGGAGUGUUCGAAUCAUUGCCGCCAGGCUGGAAAAGAGUGGAGAUAGCCCCACUAAGACCCCCAGCAGCCCCUCAUUCAAAUCUCCCUCACCUGCCACCCAAUCCAAACCUAUAAGCAUUCAGAGAGAGAAAACCAGUGAGGUCUCUCUGUGUCAAACUGGUCAUGCCGAGCUCAGUGGAGUAAAACCUGAGGAGCAAGACAUGAAGCUUCAGUCAAGCCAAGAACAUACUCCUUCCAUGUCCCUUCAGGGAACUUUGUGUGAAAGCAUUCCAUUCGCCCAAGAGGGCAAAGGGACCAUAAAGCAGCGGCCAAGAAUGGAAGUGGCUAAAAUGGACACUGAAGUCAGCUUCCAACCCCUGAAACCUGCUCAGUUGCAUAAAUCAUCCUUAAAAUUACCAGAGUUCAAUCUGAAGGAGUCAGACACUGUCAAGAGGAGGCAUAAACCCAGAGAAAAGGAACUGCAGAUCACCAGUCAGGACCCAGUCCCAGGAUGGGAGAGUUCCCCAGCGACUGAGAAGAUCUCAUUCUGCAUGCCAAAUGGUGGACCAAUAGGGAACCUCUCUCCACCGAAACCUCCAACACCCUGUAAACCAACAAGGCAUUAUGGUGCAGCCCCAUUGGUAGUAGAGGGAACUCCUCAUAUUCUGGCAACCAGGAUGGGGCAGGACAUUGCCUUCACUGUCUCCUCUCCAAUAAGAAGAGAGUGUCUAACCAUCAGUGGACCCCAGGACCAAAAACAAGAUGAGAUUGUCCACAAACGAAUAGAGCAGACCAGCACUUCCCUGGUGGCAGCCCUUGAAGUGGUGGAGAGAAAUUUAGCUCAGACGGAUCAGACUGACAGUGGUGUUUACACUGUGAGAUCAGCAGGUAACAUUCUGGAUGACAUCGGGAACAUGUUUGAUGAUCUUGCUGACCAGCUGGAUGCCAUGUUGGAUUGACCCCAUUCUUUCAUAUUGUACUGUUUGCGUAUCGUCUCCGGGGUGGACAGAGAGUCUUUCUGGCACGCUGUAAGAGUGUCCGAUCUUUCUAAAACCUUCGGGUCCGUUGAAUUACUGCUUCUGAGUGGGGCUUUCCUUCUGGAUGGUCAAUAAAUCACUGGAUUCAAGAUGCCAUGUAGCUAUAGACUGUGGACUCGCAAUCGGAGAAGUAAGAAUGAAACGAGACACCCAUCAGAGGUUGGUUCACUCAGACCGGGUGUGGUCGAUUUGCUCCUGCCUGGACUUUAUAGCACUUACUGUUUACUGUGUUCCAGAUUUGUGAGGAGAAAGAUUUUAAUUUCCUGUUGCGCACACGGAAAAAGCUAGUGUCUCAUUUGUGCUUUAUUCAGGCCCUAAAGUGCACAUCACAUCAUUUGUUAUACUACUGUAUAACAGCAUGAUAUCUACUACUUUUUAUGUGUGUUUAAAGUUUGUCUUCUCAUCUCGGAGAGUCUUCUCUUAUGAAAGUACUAUAUUUUCCAGACAAUAAUUCGCUUCAGAAUAUUACAUAGCAGUGUUUUAAUGUGAAAACCUUCUAACUUACUCCUAAUUAACUAAGUAGCUUUUGUGUGUCUGAUCACUGCUGUUAUGAUGAUACUAAUUUUCUCUAACACUGCAGUGGGAUUUGCACUGUUAUGUCGGUGGCAAACUAAAGGCACUUCUGAUAACCAUCCAUAACUACUGUACAAACACUAACAAAUGGUUAAACUCCCGUAAUUGCUUAAAAACAUGCCUGCCACGAAUACAGUACAAAUCGUCACACUUCUGUCACUGCUGGAGUAGCAUGCCCAUUGUAAAAACAGUAGGAAAUGGCCAAACUACCAUGAUUUACGUUUGUAUUUACUACAAAAACCACAUGGAACGAGCAACAUUCCUACAGUUAAUUACAGUAAUCACUAUAUUAGCGUACUAUUGGGAAAUAAAAACCAAAACAAAACAAAAAAAGCCAAACUACUAUAAGUGCUGGAGUAUUUUGCCUACCAUAAAACCAUCAAUAGCUUUUGGCCAAACUAUUACAGCAUCUAGAGCAGCAUGUCUAGGGUAAAAACACUAACAAAUGGUAAACGUCUUUUAACUAAUGGAGUAGCAUAUCCUACCAUUAAAAAUACAAAGUAAAAUGAGAAACCAUCAUUUCUAUAGUAGUGUGUCUACUGCAUGGGCAAACAACCUUAACUGCGACCAUCAGAAUAAUACCAAAUGCCUGAACUACUGCCAUCAUAGUACAUCUAUCAUAAAAACACCAGCAAACGGCCAAACUACUAUAAUUGCUAGCUAAUCAUGGCUACCGUAAAAACACUACAACAUGGGUAAACAAUUGUAAAUGCUAAAAGAGAACACAUACCAUAAGUACACUAAAAAUGGCUGUAACUGCUGUCGUAGUACAUCUAUGAUAUAAAGACACCUUAAACUACUACCAUAAUUGUUGGGGUAAAAAAAAAAACCCUAAAAAUGGGAAAACUAACGUAAUUGCUCUGACAAUUAGGCAUAUGAGUGUAAUUUAAAUAAAAUAAAUUUAGUAGCCCGCCUUAAAAACCCAUGCCUGUUAAGAUUUUUUUAAAAAUUACACGUCAAUUUGUUGUACACGUUUGACGGAAAUAAACUCUUUGAUUCUUUAAAAGAUAUUAAGUACCAAAGCCCAGGAUCUGGUAAAAUGUGAGUAAUGAUCUGUAAGUGCUGAGAUUUCUAAUAGCACACAAUCUCUAUGGACCAAAUUUGUCAGAUACUGACUGCAGAAUUAGGACCAAUGCGUUAUUUGUACAACUAUUGGUAACACUUAGUAUGAACCCUGCAUUCAAAUGCAUUUAUAGUACGUUAUCUAGCAUACAUGAUACCUAUGCCAACCGUUGAUUGGUUAAUUAUUAAUUAACAAUAGCAUGCUUUAAAAAAAAAAAAAAAAAAAGAUUAUUAAUUAAAGAACGAGACGUCAUAGCUAUCAGUUUCUAGUUACUUUUAAUGUUGUGGGACAUACACAAAGCAAGUUAGUAUCACUUACUGUACAUUAUAGGAGCUAUAAACAGUCAUUCCCCUCAAAGCAGCCUCACUUUUUCACUCUCUUGGAGUUAAUAAAAUGCAAACUGGGAAAAAAAAACAAAAACGGAAAGCGCAACGUCCUCCGUCCCGAAGACUUUCCAGUGGCGGGAAACUUACUGACUGUUACAAAUCGCUGACACUGGAGACUCCUUCCAUAAAUGUUUCAUAAAACAUCUCCUAACAGAAACUUCACCACAUUAACAGCUGUAUAUUUUUUCUUUGUUGAGUAUAAUGGUUUUUUUUUUUUUGUUUUUAAAAUUCCUUUUAUUAUUAGCCUUAGAUUAUGUUGAGCGUCUGAGCUACACGGUCCUGUGAAUGAGUUGUUAUGUUGAGUUAUGUUGGGCAUUGUAAGGUAUUAUGUAUGCGAUGUGACAAAUAACAUUUCAUAAAUGUGUUUAUAAUGCAUAAGGAAUACAUGAUUCAUCACAAGUGUUACCCAACUAUCUAUAUCGAAAAUGAUUGUAAAUAAAAACAAGCACCAAACAGCACAUUCAUCUGACCCACAGAUUCCCAGUAUGAAUUGUUAUAAAUUGUUAUAAAUAGUGUUAAUAAUGAAUAGUCAUAGUUUUUUAUAGCGAGAGACAGUAUUGGUAGCACUGACUGCAUGUAUAGUGUUUCUGUUUGCAUCCUUCACUCGCAAUGCUGAUUAAAAAAAAAAAAAAAAGGAAAUUUCAGUUGUAGUUUGCGAGAUCUUCAAUUCCUAUAGGGCCACAUUCAGAGUUGAGUUAAGCAUGGAUUUAGUAUUUACUAUAUUAGAGAAUCAUAUGAUGUGCCGGAUCAAGUGCUGUUUUAUACGCUGCUGAAUAAUGAGGGUGAAAGCCAUGUCGUUCGAUUAGACCCAAUUUACAGUGAUUAAUGUGAACUAGGCCUAUUCGUGCAGUGAUGUGUUAGGGAUACCCACUUCGCACUGGAUUAUCCCGCUCAUAUAUAUAAAUAUCUAUAUAUAUAGAUAUAUAUAGAUAUAGAUAUAUAUAUAUAUUUCACUUGCCAGCAUUGACAAGUUAAAGCCGUCAUUGAUGUUUGCAGUGCAAAAUCUGACUGAAAGGAUAAAAAUAACGGUUAAUUUUCGUUAGUUGUAUUCUAUCCGGGUCGUUAGAUCUAGAGUUGUAUGUUACUAUGGUUAGAGUUGUUUAUUUACAACGGUGAUUAAACUGACUGGAACUACCUGUGCAAAUUCAACAGUCUGAACACACACCUUCCAGCCAUUCAGAAUCGAGUAUUCAGACAGACCGUGGUAUAAAUGAGCGAUAUACUAGACGUACUAGAUGUUUAUUGUAUUAUUAUACGCAUGCCAUCUGCUUUUUUAUGUAUCGUCAUAUUAGUCUUUUUUUGUUUGUUUGUUUGUUUUUUUUUCAUUGAUAAAUGCUCUUACUUUGCUUUGAAAAAAAGAAUAAUUAUGUCCUUCUUCAGUCAGCAUUUUCUAGUCCUGAAUUUUAUUUUAUUUUUUGGAUGAGACUUAAAGGAAGAGCUUAUGUUUAAAUACUCUGAUGUAGAUGCUAUAGAAUAACCCUGUCAUGGAUAUUUAAGUAAAAUCUGCCAAGCUCAGAGGCGCCACUUACCCACAGGUGGUUUCCAUAAACGGGGAGCUUAACUUAAUCAUGUGCUUAACCCGACUCUGAAUACCAGGAAUGUUCCCUGUGUAAAUAUUGACAUAACUUUUUCAACUCAAGUCACCGACUCUGAAUACGGCCCACAAUUAUAAACUGUAAGCAUAAGCACGGAACCACUUUGGUAAGAACAAUGUACUAAACACAGUUUAACCAAAAGGAUGUAAUACAUUCAGUUGCUUUACUGCUGAAUUUCAACACUCUAAAAGUAAUAGUCAGUCAUAUAGGCUUAUAAAUUUUAUUUUGCUACUCUUGUUGUUUUUGCACUGUGUAUCUACUGUAUGCACUAUACUGUAUUUAUUUUUAGAUUAUUGUAUACAAUGCAUGUACAGUACAAGCUAGCUUACCAAUACCCGACUGAAAAAAAAAAAGCAAAGAUUUUUGUUAUAUUUGUGUAAUGUUUUGAUAUAUAUUACGCAGUCCAUCAGAUCUGACUGCAAGAGGAAUAAAGCUUCCUAAACGUG